GUCUAGAACUGCAACACCCGGAAGUAACCAUCAACAGUGUUUUGUGCUGCAGAAACGACGGAUGCUACAAAGCAGAAAGGCAUUGAAAUCCCCGAAACAGGUGAAAAGAUGGACGGCAAGAAAGAAGUUGUGGACCGCUUACGUCUGGCUUUCCGUUCCGGCAUUACAAUAUCUGAGGACUUUCGUUAUGAUCAGCUUUCUAAGCUAAGGGCCAUGAUCCAUGAUAACGAGGAGGAUAUUUUGAAUAUAUUGCACAAGGAUUUUGGCAAGCCCAAAUUUGAGGCCAGUCUGUCUGAGAUUGAUAUGGUGAUUAAUGAACUAGACUACGCCACCAUGAACCUUCAAGGAUGGAUGGAGCCAGAGUACAUCAGCACGAAUCUUGCCACAAAGUUUGAUAACUGUUUUGUACGAAGAGAACCAUUAGGAGUGGUGCUUAUCAUUGGGGCAUGGAAUUACCCCCUUCAGCUAGUUUUAUCACCCAUGGUUGCAGCCAUUGCAGCAGGAAAUUGUGUGAUCAUCAAGCCCUCUGAAGUCAGUGCUGCUGCAGACCGGCUGAUAGCAGAGCUCAUCCCCAAAUACCUGUCACAGGACUGUUAUGCAGUUGUCAGCGGUGGAGCAGAGGAGACCAAGGCACUUCUGCAAAAUCGCUUUGACCACAUUUUCUACACAGGUUCUCAAAUUGUGGCUCGCAGCAUCUUACAGGCAGCCUCAGUUCACUUGACCCCAGUAACAUUGGAGCUGGGUGGCAAAUGUCCAUGCUUGAUUUAUGGAUCAGUGACUACUGAAUAUGCUGCACGCCGCUUAAUAUGGGCCAAGUUCUUCAAUGCAGGACAGAGCUGUGUUGCACCAGACUAUGUAUUGUGCUCCAAGGCCACAUACGAUGCUCUUCUUCCUGCCUUGUCUGAGAUCCUGAAAGAAUUCUAUGGCGAGGAUCCUCAGAAAUCUCCAGAUUUGUGCCGUAUUGUGUCACAGCAACACUGGACUCGUCUGACAGAACUCCUGAAGAAGUCCAACGGGACGGUAGUCAUCGGAGGUGAAAGUGACCAACAGGACAAAUACAUUGCUCCGACAGUGGUUCAUGUAGCUGAAGAUGACGCACUCAUGAAAGAGGAGAUCUUUGGCCCAAUUCUUGCUAUUCUAACUGUCGAGUCUAUGGAAAAAGCCAUUGACAUUGUCAAUCAGAUGGAGAAGCCAUUGGCCCUCUACGUUUUCUCUAACGAAGACUUUGUCACAAACACAGUGAUGGAGAAAACAACCAGUGGAGGAUUCUGCUCGAAUGACGGGAUUCUCCACAUGACACUACCGGGACUACCAUUUGGAGGUGUAGGGGCCAGCGGCUGGGGCUCUUACCAUGGUCGCUGGGGUUUUGAGACCUUUAGCCACCGACGAGGUUGCAUGAUGCGUGGUUGGGCUUUGGAAAAACUAAAUGGCUUACGCUACCCACCCUACAAUGAUAAUAAACUGAGCUGGCUGCGCUGGACUGCCUCAGUUAAGAGAACUUGCCUACUCAUGUGACAGCAGACAGUGGAUGUUCGGGUAAAAAACAUUCUAUGGCAAUAUGGUGAGAUCAACAUUAAUUUUUUUUGGGGUCCAUCUAGCAACAUUAAAUUACUUUGUGGUGUUAUUCAGUUUUCAAAUGGUGAAAAUAAUCUCUUGGACCUGUUGUUGAUUAUAUGCUUUUCUUAUGCUUAUGUACAGAUACUCUAUAUUUCCCUAAUCAACACUAUUUCAAUGUGUUCUUCAUUCUGUUUGUGUUUUAAGAUUUUUUUAGGUCCCUAUUGUUUUUGUAAGAAUUAUUCUUAAUAUUUCUUUGUAAAGGAUCACAUUUUAGACAUCCUAAACAAAACUACAAACUUUGCACACUCAUUUUAAAGUUGUUCUCAAGGAUUAAAACAAAAUGGCUCUGCACAUAGUGUGAACAAUCAAAAACAAAUCUCAGUAUGUUUGAUCUUGACCUACAAAAACAGAAGAGUUAUACAUUUUAGAAUGCCAAAUUUUGCACAUUUACAUUUGCACCCUUGUCCUGGACAAUUCAUCUGAUGGACUUGUCAAGCAAUGUCAAGUUGCUGUACCCACCACCCCGAACGUAUACGCAGAAGAUGGAUGGAAAAAUACAAAAUAAGACAAACAUUUAUUUAGCUUGACUCCGAGGGAUACUUAAUGAUAACAGUUGUGAGCAAAAAAAGUUCUCUGACAAUGGUCUAAAUGAUUUAGUAUGUAUGAACGUAACCUUUGGGCUAGGGCGUGACAAUUAGCCAUUUGAACUUUGUUAUGCACGAGUGGCUUUUAUUUAGCAAAAACACCAAUACAAAAACUUUAUUUUAAUAUCAAAAUUGAUAAACCUACAGACAUUAGAUUAAAAAAAAAGACCUACAGAUAUUAGAUAAAAAAAAAAAAAGAAAGACCAAAGUGAAAA